AAAAAAAACUAAUACAAAAGGGAUAAAUGGAGAUGGGUAUUGAGAAAAUGAGAAAUGACCUUUACCAUUAUCAAAACCAGGCACAUAGUGCCCAAACUCAGCCUCAAACUCUAACCCUAGCUUCCAUGCUACACACCCAGCUUCAAACCCCUUUUCUCUUUCACCCCAAUAUUGCUUCUAGAAACUUCUUUUUGCGGCGGCGUAGGGUUCUGGACCUGUUGGGCAAGGUCUGCUGCAGUUAUGGGGUUUAUUGAGUGUGAUCCCCUCAAUUUCUGAUUCUUGAGAAGCAUCGGUGCUCCAAACCUGCUGUUAGAUUUUGUAUAGCAAUGGAAUGUUUUGGAGGUUCUGGGUUCACUGUUGCAGGCUGCACUAUAAGGAGGAAGAGGAGCAGCAUAUCUCGACGGCCACGCCCUGAGUCACAAACAUUUCCAGAGAGCAGUAAUCUUUUCCCAUUGUCCUUGACACCACCUUUAAACAGGAGUGAAGGUGAAACUGCCCCUAAAAGGAGCAGGAAGGACAACGGAGGAUUUGGAGAUAUCAAUUCAUUUGAGAGAAAUGAUCAUUUGAAAAAUGGGUCAGAUUUUAAAGUGGGUAAUGAUGGUGCCCAUUUAGGCCGAGGAAGGAAUGGUGAUAAUUGGAAUUCAAGGGAGUCAACUGUUGUUUCUGAUGGAAUAGGAAGCGAGAACAAGCUGAAAAAGGUAAAGCUCAAGCUUGGUGGUGUUACUCGAACAAUUCACACCAAUGCUGCAUCAGAGUUUGCCUUCAGUGAUGGCUCUUUUGCCACAAAAACCUCACGUUCUUCAGAUGCUCGCCAGCCCCAUCUGAAGCUGAGUUUUCAGGAUAACAUUGAUAGCAGCCAAUCCAGUGCUCUAGAUAAGGGGAAAGGCUUGCAAGGGGUCCCUUGGAAGGAUUUCUCCAGAAGUGUUUCUGUGAAUGGAACACACAAGUCUGAGCCAGUUCGUAAGAGUAAGCGGGUUCCUAAGAGACGCAUGUUGGACGUGGGAUUUAAUGAUGAUGAUGAAGAUGAGGAAAUCCGAUACCUUGGUAAGCUCAAUGCCUCCAAGGUUGCUGGAGAUCAUCAAGGGGAAGAUAAAGAUGACAUUGGUGCUUAUAAUUCGCCAAGGUUGGGUAAAGAUGGUAAAAAGAAGUCUAGAUCAGGGAAAGUAUAUGAAGAUAGAGACUACAUGGAAGAUGAAGAACUAACAUCAGAUGAUGAACCUGAAGCUAAAAGGAAAAGGCCAAGAAAGGAAUCUCUUGACUCACUUGUAGAAGGAAGAAAGGAGAUGACUUUCACAACACGUAGACAAGCCCUUCUAUUUGGAAAAGAUACGUUUUCAGGAUCUGAUGCAGGACUUGUUGAGCUACCAAAUGGUUUGCCUCCUGCCUCAUCCAAAAAACAAAAGGAGAAACUCUCUGAAGUGGAGCAGCAACUGAAGAAAGCAGAGGCUGCUCAGAGACGUAGGAUACAGUCAGAAAAGGCAGCUAGGGAGGCUGAGGCUGGGGCAAUCAGAAAAAUACUUGGUCAAGAUUCUGCUAGAAAGAAAAGGGAAGAGAAGAAGAAGCUGCGGGAUGAAUUAGCACAGGGGAGAGCUGCCAACGCUGUGGCACUCGCAUCCAACACCAUCAGAUGGACCAUGGGUCCCACUGGAACAACCGUUACAUUUUCUGAAGAUAUUGGUCUCCCUAAUAUAUUCAACCAUGUCCCCUCCAGUUAUCCACCACCACGUGAAAAAUGUGUGGGUCCAAAUUGUACAAAUGCAUACAAGUAUCGGGAUUCCAAGUCAAAUCUUCCACUCUGCAGCUUACGCUGUUACAAGGCUAUACAUGAACAGGUGUGGCCUUUACUUGCCUGCUAAUGUGCCUCCAAAGCUAAUCUGCAGAUUGUUGUCAAUACAUCAUGUAACUUGAGAAUGCCAGAAAGACCUCUUAAUUUGUUCCCAAGAAGGUAUUCAUCAUUUGAAAAUCGAAAAGAUAUUCAGGCUAUUGAAAGUCGAAAAGGUAUUCUUGCAUUCUCUUUAUUGAUGAUUCCAAAUAGAAUCUUUAUUGCUGUA